AUGUCUACUACAAUGAUAAUUGAAAAGCUGCGAACUGAGCAAGAAAAUCCUAGAUCAGAUGAGUCACUUAGCCUUAGAGCUAAAAAAUCGUUUGCAAGAAGAAGGAAGGGUCCAGCUAAUGAUCUUUAUAAAACUUUGAUGAGCGAGAGAAUCCAAUCACGUGAUGUUGUUUCUAUUGAACAUGGGAAACCAAGGAACUCUGGGGGUCUACCAGUAUUUACUUUUAAAUCAGGUAGACAAUCUGCUCUUGAUAUAGUCGUUGAUGAAGAUACUCAAUACAGAGAUAAGAACCCAAUGGUGCAUUUUGAACAUGGAAUAAACUAUACAGUAAGACCAAGAUGUCCCAAAGUAUCAAUACCGAGAGCCGAAGAUAGUAAUGCCAAAGAAGACGAUGAAUCUGAAAAAGACGUUGACGAGCUGAUCUGCAGCGAGAUUGCAGAGGCGUUUGCAGACGAUCUGUUUACUCGAAGGCCGGUAUUCGACAAUAGAUGGAGUUGUGGAGGUGAAGACCAAGCUUCGAAUAAAUCUUUGCCCAUUCAUCACGAAAUUCCUCAACAUUCAAUGCAAAGAGAUUUAAGUGCUUCGACGUUACCUGUAUCUCAUACAAAUGAUAGUGUUGAUAACGCUGGUUUUCGUUUUCAACUCAAGCAAGAAACUGGGAAAUUGAAAUCUGAGAUAUUAGCAAGUGCUAAUGAUUCAAAUACCCUUGUUGGUAGUUAUCCGCCUGGUGUGGAAUCUACCAAUAAAUACAAUGGAAAUGGUAAUAAUAGUGGUAAAUAUUGGACAACAAACAAGGAUAUGCAAAGUAAAUGGAUUUCUGAAAAAAUUGGUAGGGGAUUACAAACGGUCAGAAGAUUUGCCCUUGAUCCUUAUGGAUCCAAGAGCAAACCAUUGUCAUCAAGGGUCAAAAGAGUAUGUUCAGAAGACGGAUUUCAAAGUAAAAGAUUGGAAAUUCUAAUCCAAGAUAAAUUUUCUAAAGCACCUCCGUUGGUCAAAAGAGUUAAUAGUACGGCUUCAAUACCCUCUCAUACCGGAUUAUCUGAUUAUCUGGAUAGUGUUAGGAAAUCACGUAAUGGGUAUCAUGAAGUUGCAUUAAAAUCCCUGGAGGAUAAAACAGUCAGAGAUGCUUUAUUAGCGGCAAAGAAGAAAAGCGAUAAGUUGUGGUCGCAAAGUGAGAAGUUAGAAUUUUUGGUCUAA